AUGUUCGAUUCGUAUCGUCAACAUGGUCGCAAUGCACCUCUCCCAAAAUAUUCGGAAGUUGGACCUGACGGUUCCAUUCUCUAUCAAUCAAAUAAUGUUCCUACUUACUUGAGUACUACAUAUUUACAACCAUACGGAGUAGUUCAUCGAAAUGGACUGGAUAUAAACGACCGCAGAACAAGUAAUUACUAUAGAACAUUUGAUAUUCCUGAACGAUUCGAUCGACCUGAUUUAUGGCAAGGCUACAAAAAGGUUGAACCACAUCCAUUCUAUCGAACAUCAAAUCAAGAAUACGGUGGUUACAAACCUCAAGUUCACACAAUGCCAAAUGUUUAUCGUUAUCGCUCACAUAUUUUUACUAAUAGCAUGUCCAUGGGUGGCAACUUUCGACUAAAUGGUUUUAAUACAAGUACAAGUAGCUUGGUUCCUAAAAAGGUACCUACAGGUACACUUCCGAUCUCACUUGGAUCACCAUUGCAAGCAAAAUAUGUGCAAUGA